GUUGCUUGUUGUGCGGCGUUUGUUGUGCUGUGAUCGAAUUCUUAUAUACAUUAUAUAUUUUUUUCAAUAUCGUUUAAAAAUUGUUUUGAUAAUAUUUAUUAAAUUUACAACAAUUUCUAUUGAAAAAAAGACGAUCCUCAUUUCAUUUGUUAAUCAUAAUUAUUCUACAUUUUUGUGAUAAGAUAUCGGGCAUCGUAACAUGUAUUUGAUUUUCAUUUGAACGACAAGAACGACGAUCGGUCGGUCAUUCAUUUUGUAGUAUAUAAUUCAAUUACAAUUUUCUACUCGUGAGGUUUUAUUGAUAUUUUUAGCAACAAAAGUAACAAGUGUAAUUGGCCGCAGUUGACUUAUUCGAAAAUCUUUUCUUUCUCUCACUCGCUCUGCCUGUCUGUCUGCUGUCGACACAAUUGCUCAUUAAAUAUGGCAGCACCUUUUAAAUACUACGUUCUAGUAGUAUGUUGUAUUUUCUUUUUGCUGACAAACAAAUCAAAAGCAUGGGAAGUACACUUUCAAAAUGCGUCAAACUUUGAACUCGCUACGACUACAGUGCACAUGGAUGAUACAAACACAAUCAAUCUCAUACUUAGUGGAUUGGAUGAUAUUAAAGAUAUUGAUGCAAAAUUGCAUAUUAUAUCGAGCGAUUCGGGAAUUUUAACAGUCCAUAAUCAACCAAUCGUUAUCGACGAUAUUAUCGAAGGUAAUUUUACCGGCCAAUUUAAUAUCAGCGGUACUUUUUUGGGAACGGCAAAAGUAUACGUGAAUAUGACACAGAAUGAUGUUUCGGAACGUGCAAAUCAAACACUGAACGUUAUUAUUAUUCGAAAAGAGAAGACAAUUGAUCGAGUAUUUACAGCAUCAAUCAUUGCAUUAGUAUCGAUUCUGUACAUUAAUUUUGGAGCUGCACUGGAUUUGGGAAAAGUGAAGGAAAUUUUAGUCAGACCCAUUGGCCCAUUAAUUGCAUUUGUGUGUCAAUUUUUGUUUAUGCCACUGUUGAGUUACUUCUUGGGUCUAAUUCUAUUCCCCAACAAUGUUGAAAUGCAGCUCGGCUUAUUUUUCACUGGCGUUUCACCAUCUGGCGGUGCAUCGAACAUUUGGUCCGUAAUACUUGGUGGAAAUUUGGACCUGUCAAUUUCAAUGACUACAAUAAGUACUUUUUCGGCAUUUGCAAUGAUGCCAAUCUGGAUCUUCACCCUGGGCACAACCAUUUUCGAUCGUGGAGAAUUAUUGGUGCCAUACAAACGUAUUGGAAUUAUGGCUGUUGGGCUAAUUGUUCCAUUGAUAGUCGGUUUACUCAUUCAACGUUACUUACCGCGUGUCGCUAAAUUGCUAGUUCGCAUUCUUAAAACAUGCUCAUCGCUAUUAAUCAUUUUUAUCAUUAUCUUUGCAAUCUUCACCAAUUUGUACUUAUUUGAACUCUUCACGUGGCAAAUUUUCGUAGCUGGUUUGGGUCUUCCAUGGGUUGCGUAUAUUGUGGGUUGGACGGCGGCCACGUGCUUUAAACAAAAACACGAAGACCGUGUAGCGAUUGCGAUUGAAGCGGGAAUCCAAAAUACAGGAAUAUCUAUCUUCAUUCUUCGACUUGCAUUGGCUCAACCACAAGGAGAUUUGACCACCGUUAUUCCCGUCUCUGUCGCAUUGAUGACACCGAUUCCAUUAUUAUUUUACUACAUCUACUUGAAAGGAAAAGACCGAUUCAGUAAACAUCGUCGUGGUGCUAUGCCUGUUCCAACGAAUCCAUCCUCUGAGAACGGCAGAGAGUUGGUAACAAUAAAUAAAUAAUUACCAAACUCAAUAUAUUUGAUCAAAUGGGAGAUUAUUUUUUCUUUAAUUCGUCUCAUUUUUGCGAAUAUUUUUCUUAGAAUAUAUUUUACGUUUUUCUUUUGUUAAUGCUAAAAAAAAACUUAUCUGAGAUCGUCAAGACUUAUUCUAAUGUGAAAUAUCGUACAAGAAGCUUAAAUAAUUUUAAGCGAAAUAAUUUACUUAUUUUAGAAUUUACGUAAGCAAAAUCACGUAUAACUAAAAACAAAGCAUAAAAAUCGGUACAUUAAAACAUCUUUUGACAUAAUUGUGAAUGAAACAAUUUUCUUAUUUAAAAUACAAAACAAAACUUGAGUCCACCUAA